AUGUCUGAUAAAAAAUUUCACAAAAUUAAAAUACACGUUCAAACUUUCGAUGUAAACAGAUUCGACAGGAAUGGUAUGUUAAUAGGAAAUCAAGUAAUUGCCUCUCCUUCACAACCAAAACCAGCACAACAGCCAGUCAAGUCCCCACAGCCAAAAAUCACCCCACAGCAACUUCAAAGAUCGCAAUUAAUACAAGACCGUGAAAAUUACAUGAGUAUUGUCGAUCAAAUUAUUAAAGAGCAAGGUGGCGAAUAA